AUGGACCGUCUCUUCAGAAAGAAGACGUCUGAGAAGCGGCCCAAAUCCAAGAAGGGAAAGAGCGAAGCUCCCUCAAAGCUCGGAAAUGCAGGCAUUCCAGAUGGCAACUCAAGGGUGGCCGGGCCUGCCCCAAGUCUCGAUUUGGAUUUCAGAAGCAGCCUGAUGCUCCCUUCCCUCUCCCAGCGAUUCUCUGUCCUCAUGCCUUCCCUGUCGACUGCCCCGGAGGAGUCACUUCGGGCUCUGCUCGCGUCCCAGCGUGCUCGCUCAAAUGGCCCUGCUUUGACUAUGGAAGAGGAAGAGUUGCUUAUUGCGGAGCUGAGAGGUGAUGAAGGGGGUGUCGACGAGCGAGAAAAGAAGUCGCCGGGACUGGGCUCUCCAGGCCAAAUCUCUCUAUUCAACCAUUCAACCCCUUUCCUUACAUCCUCCGUCUCGAGCCCUUCGCUGUUGACGAGCUCUGAUGACGGGGGUAAUGCUUCACCACUUCACUCGGCCACCAACUUUACUGGCUCUCCGCCUCCUACAUCGACAUCCUUUUCUUCGUUCAAAACGUUCGGAGUCGGCUCGAGCCCUGAGCAGCCGUCAGAAUCCUUUAGCAAAGCCAAAGGCAUGUCUUAUGGAAUAAGUGGAGGAAUAAAUCUCAGAGACGGGGAAUAUAUGCGACGGGCGAAGAAGCACGCCAGCUCCAAGGACUUGAAAGCCAGUCCCUCUGCGAAGAGUGAGAAAACGGCAAGGGAGGAGAACGGGGCGCCGUCCAUGAUAUCCACCGAGAAGGCAAAUGCCUAUUACGAGGGCCACCAGACUCGUAUUUCCCACAGUCGCACGAGGUCGGAAGUGACAGCAACCCCUACAUCUUCCGGUCCAUAUGGGGGUCCCCAGUCUCGUCCUCUUCCCACGGUCGUCACCCGACAGCCAGAGCCGAACUCUCCAGAUUCGCCCUCGUUUCCUCAAAGAAAACAGCGCAAAUCUUUGCUGUCCAAUCUUUCAGCUGCACAAGCCAAACGUAUCUCUAUGGCGCUCGAGGAAAUAGGGGGUGAACUUCAAAGAGGGAGUAGUCUUGUGAGGAAGGACACUCUGCGUAAAGCGGUAGUUGAGGAGGAGUCGAGGGCAGAUAAUGAGGAAGUACUUGCGAGUGAAGAUAGCCAAAGGGCACUCGCGACACUCAGCGAGCUGGAAAUUGAUCCCUCGCGACGACCCGAUCUGCUCUCAGAGGGAGAAUCUUCCCAUUCAGCGACGUCUUCAGUCUUUCCAUUCAAAACGUCGCCUACAAAUAGCACCUUUACAGGAAGCACAAUUGCUGGUACCACUGAACCUGGAUCUCCUUCGCGCCUUCCUCCAUCUCCGCGCUCUCAUAACCUCCGAGCAGUCAUUGAUGAUGAUGCCCCUCCGGUGCCAAAGCCAAUAUUCACCCCCACCCGCACCACCCCUGUCAAGCACCAUUAUAGCUUGUCCAACGCCUCUUCGUCAUCUACGCCUACCCAGGUCCCUCCGAACCCAGCCUAUGUGCCAGGUCAGCCGAGACCAAUACGGUCACACCAUCACUCUGUCAACUCGAUAUCGUCUAGCAGAGCUGGCACUCCUAGUGGACAGUCGCCACUUGAUGCUCUGAAAAACUCGUCUCGCUCGGGCACGCCCCGAAGCCAAUCUCCACUCGACGCUUUGCGUGCAUCCAAAUCUACGACGUUUUCGGAUGUAACGAGUGCUACACCAUCACCUUUCCAGAAUUACGCCCUGGACUCGGCAAAAACUGGAACUCUGAUGAGAUCCAGGAGCCUGCAAACUUCAAACCCAUCGCGGGAGCUCGAUCUUGUCCGACGUCGUGCGGGCACAGUCGUGCUGGGCGAGACUGUAACACCUCCUCGCCGGCUGACUUCUCCUCAUGGAGCUCGACGUGGCUCUGAAAAUGAAGACAUUGCCGAGGAAGAUGAAGAUGUAGUCGAACAUGAGGAUGAGGAAUCGACUCCCGAGCUGCGACAGGUAUCCAGCCGCCACAGCGUAGUAGUCUCCAGCUACGACCACGACACCGCUACCACCGUCGUGUCACGGACUCUUGUCAACGAACACUUACCUAUACCGGGUGAUCAUAUUGAGAGGACGGUGUCGGCCCAAGGAACCAUAAAGACGCAGGAAGACACGCCCAAUCUGUCUCCGCGUGCUUCCUCGGACACGCUAAACUCUGAUUAUGCUCCAGAGUCUGAUGACACGCAAUGGAUCGAUGUACUUGGCAGUCGCAGCCGAGAAUCACUAGUCAUUGAAAGUAUGGAAUACGCGCAAGAUGACCCUGAGGGUAUGUUGCGAAAGAUGAGUGGGCUGGGGGCGGAAGAGUUGGCAAUUCUUCAAGGGAAGCUCGUCGCCAAAGCCAAAUCAGAGAGGGAAGCUAUGGGUCUUGGGGACAGCCCAAUGAUUCCUGCCACUCCGAAUAUGCCAGUAUCGGCUCACUCUGCCGUCCAGCGGUCGAUGUCGCCUGCAGUGAUGACACCGCCUACAUUUUCUUCAAUCUCGGCUUCGGGGAGCAGGGCUGCUUCGCCCCAUGGGACAGCCGGCUUCUCUACCCCCCCGCCGCACAGUGCCGAUCAUAUACUGGUCAAGCAGCACCUACCUGCAGUGCCCAGUCGUCCGCCGCCUCCGGUUCCCGCAUCCAUUGCUUCCUCUCGUCCGCUUUCGCUCGAGACCAAAGGUGCCCUGGUUGCUAGCCCGGCAGCUCCUGAAUUGACCAACAGCGAGUUGGAAACGGAGAAAGAAAGGGAUUUCCGCACUCGCAUUGCAGCUGCUACUGCUUCUCUGAACCGCAACCCCCCGGAACAAGGAGGAAGCCUUGGGCGUAAAAACACGAAGCGUGGGAUGGGCAUAGUCAUUUCGGGGCCCAAACUCUUGUCUUCCACAGCGAAAGUGCCUGUUGUGCCUCUGUCCCCGGACAAUCCUCACACGAUAGACCCAGCAAUGGCAAAAUCUAUGGAGAAGAUGAGUGGUUCAGGCAGUAAAAUGAGCCAGAGGUGGAGAAAAUUGAUGCGGAAAGGCCCCUCCAUCACAAACAGUGAAGUGUUCAAGCAAACGCAUCAAGAGUCACCGGCUCCUCAGUCAGCCCCAAUCCAGGCUAUGCGCUCUCAGCCACCGCCCUCACCUGCACCUUCUCCCGUGCCUGCUAGCCUGAUUCAAAGGUCCAAUUCUCAAGCAGCUGGAAGAACCCUUGAGGCUCCUAUCGCCUUGAGAGAGGACAGCGUGCCACCGCCUUCAGCACCGCCAAAUCUCAACAUGUUUAGGUUCCCAUCUGACAAGGCUGAAUCCCAGAAUAUGGAGGCCAAGCCAUCGACUGAGCACGCCCAGCAAUUACCCACACCCCCGAGCACUGCUCCUCCCACUGCGCAUGGUUCUCAGGCGAGUGAUUCAACUGUAGCCAAAUUUCUCGAAGCUGGGCGCCAGCUUGGACUGUCGGAAGAACAGCUCAACGAAAUGCUGAUCCACAAAGGAAUGGUGAGCCGCCCGAGCGACAUUCCCAAGGACUUUCCUCAAUCGCACGCUGCUCCCGAAUCGUCCGCCGCAUCCCAACAACCACUCCCUGCGGAGCCUCUAUUUGCAAAAGAGAGGAAGGGCGGUCUAUUACGAUCUUUGUCCAAAAAGGCCAGAGACUUGCCUAAUCGGGUUCGUACACCCGAACCUCGCAGGGAGACUGGUACACCCACACCACAAGCCGAGCCUAAUCAAGAUCGCACGAUACUUCGGCGCACGAUGAUCAUGCCCGACGGGCUGGUCAUUGUCCCAUCUACCCCUCAGAAGGGCGGAGACGCUGUGCCAGGCUCGCCAAAUUCAUCGUCUUUGGGAAGGUUGCCCAGUCAUCGUCAACCAUCUAUCCGGCGAAAACCUCUGUCCAAAGAAGAUCGGGAGCUGGUGUCUCACAGUCCACCAGCCACACAGCCCAAUUUCAACUUUGACAAUGUGUCAUCGAGGGGCACGCCCACCAAGUUGGAAGGACAAGGGUUGGGUUUUCUGGAUCCUGGAACGGCUUUGGGUGGAGAUUCAAUAAAGUCAAGAAGCAAUGCUUCAGGAUCUCUUUCGGGGCGGUCAGUUUCUGCAAUGUCCCAUAGGUCGUCAACGGGCGGGUCAGUAUUGGAUAUGUACGGCGAUACGGGCACAGGGCAGGAGGUCUUACAGGAGAGUCCUGAUGGGGCGCAGAAGGCCGGAGCUUCUUUGGUCGCCGAGCAAGGUCCAGCUCAGGCUGUCGAAAUCUGCGAGUAUGCAGACGGCCGAGUCAUUUGGUCUAUUGUUGAUGCGCUGAGAACCUCCGUCACCAACUCUGUUGAUGGCGAAGAUUACUAUUUCAACCGCAACCACUCGAGGACUUCAUCUUACGCCUCCACGUCUUAUGCCUCUACUCGAAGAGACUCUGUCAUGACUGGUUUUGGCAGCGACGUUUUCACCAGCGACAAUAGAGCCGGGCCAAUGGGCGGCAAAAUCUCUGCUUUGAGUAAUCGUCAGAGCUACAGAAAGUCUUCAGCAAAACCCAGACCCCCAACUGAUAUUUUCUUUACGUCCUCGCGAGAUGUGGCGGAUCUGAUUGAUCAUCUUUCACGAGACCUCGAGGUUUCGCAUGGUCGCAUUGGCAUUCUUCCUUCCGAUCAAUCACCGAAUCCGGCAGAGCAUACGCCAUUCGAACACGACUAUAAUCGAGGUCAGACUCCCCCUUCACCUUCAGGCAACUCGCAGUUUGAGGACGCCCCCUCACCCGCUCCUCUCCCACGGCGCGCCUCCAAAGCACCGACGUUCAGGCCGCCCAGCAGUGCUUCGGCCCUGGCCGCUGUGGGUGGGACGGGUCCGAAGAGACAGCUGUCUCUCAAACUUCGCCAGUUUGGGCAUUCGGCUCAACCAAGUGUCGCUUCAACCAUGGCUGAAGAUGCCCGCAGUCCCUCGUCGCGGAGUUUUGCGAGCUCGGCAUCGGGGAUGGGAGACAGGCCUGUGGAAGACAGGCUGCAGGAUUUGAUUGAUCGCAUGAGGAGCGCGGGGGCAGGCAAAUAA